ACGACAGCGUGGAGAAGGUGGGACAAACGCGACAGUGGGCGCGUUGCGAUUGGUUGCCAUCUGAUAGUAGGACGCGGCGAAGCACCGGCGUCUCGUCGCUUGCGCAAGACGCCAUUUUGGAGUGACGGCCACCCGAACGGUAGAGAACCAAAAGCUCGUCAAAAAGCAGCGUCGUCACCAUGGGAAACAUCUUUGCUGGCAUAUUCAAAGGCCUCUUUGGCAAGAAGGAGAUGAGGAUCCUAAUGGUAGGCCUGGAUGCUGCAGGGAAGACCACCAUCCUUUACAAGCUCAAGCUUGGAGAAAUUGUCACCACCAUUCCCACCAUCGGUUUCAACGUGGAGACGGUUGAAUACAAGAACAUCAGUUUUACAGUGUGGGACGUGGGCGGCCAGGACAAAAUCCGCCCUCUGUGGCGCCACUACUUCCAGAAUACCCAAGGUCUGAUCUUCGUGGUGGACAGCAAUGACCGGGAGCGUGUAAACGAGGCCCGUGAGGAGCUGGCGAGAAUGCUGUCUGAGGACGAGCUCCGAGAAGCCGUUCUGCUGGUUUUCGCCAACAAACAGGACCUGCCUAACGCUAUGAACGCCGCCGAGAUCACGGAUAAGCUGGGCCUGCACUCGCUGCGCCAGCGCAACUGGUACAUCCAGGCCACGUGCGCCACCAGCGGCGAUGGCCUCUACGAGGGCCUCGACUGGCUUUCCAACCAGCUCAAGAACCAGAAAUGAGCGCUCCUUUUCUUGUUUCUUUGUUCUCUUUCCGCACACCGCGCCGGCACCCCCACUCCCUCGCUCCGUCUGACCCCCGCCCAGCCCCCACCUGCAAUCCCACCCCCCACUUGUUACGAGGGUCAGCUGUGGGCUGGGAUGGGAGUAACAAUGGUGUCCUUUCACACCCCAAUCUCCCUCUCAGUCUGCACGCAUAACCCACCACCCCCUUGACCCCCUCCCAGAGGAAGCAUGAUUUUCAAUACCCGGCCCCCCUUCACUUUAUUAAACGCCUGAUUGCUAGAUGUCAUUUCAUUCCUGUAAGAAGCAUUUAACCUGUAUCAGGUCAGAGUUCACUUGCCCGCUCCCCGUGCUGUCACUCAUGAAAAUCAUGCUGUCUCUGGAAUCAGCCCCGUGGCCCCACCCCACCCCAGCACAAGGCGCGUUUGUGGGAGGAGUCCACAAGACUGUGUGACGAGCUUCAUUGUCAACAUUUCAAACCAACUUUUUCUUUUUCUUCUUGUCGUUUUUCUCGUUCUUCCUGUCACGCGAUUCUACUUGUACUUUUGACCGCGCAACCAACCAAAAGCAUCCCAGCUGUUUUGACUCCAACAAACAAAAAGGAAAGGAAAGAAAAAAAAAUGUCCACCAGCCAGUAACUUUUCAGGUCGCUGGCAGUCGCCAUUUGGUCCGGAUGAAGGAUUAUGGCACCCAUCGAGACGGCUGCUCCGGAUGGGCACUGAGUCGGCGGGCGGCUGGGGGGGGUGUCGUCGGAGGGCUGUUCGUGCCGUCCCUCGCCCAUUGGAAUGAUUGUAAAUGUUGAAACUGUGUGGGCUUUUCUCAACACAUGAAAUGAAAAUAAAAACCUGAUUUGAUCCAAGAAAAGAAACGCGCCAUGACGUCGUCACGCACCGCUAACGCAAUUCGAACGGGUUGUGUACCCAACUGGGCCACCGGGUGGCGCCAAAGAAGCGUCAACAAGAUUGGAAACUUUCGUUUGGGACACAGUCCGCGUUUUGCAUUUCUCUGGAUCAGUUUUCAUCAGAAUAAAUGUUUAUUUGUACAACA